AUGUGGGAAUUGAAAUAUUCUAUUCUCAUUCAUCUAAUGGCUUAUCCUACUGAUCGUCAAAUAGCCAAGGUACCUUAUCCAAAAUCUAAUCGAUUAAUGGAACAAGAUUUAUUUCAUUCAAAUGGAAAUCCAUCAAUAAGCAAAUUAACGGAACAUCUAAAAAAUGAAGGUCUUCUUGAUGAGCGAUGCGGAUUACGUCUUAUUGAAUUGGCCAAAGGUUUAUUUUCACGGGAACCAAACAUGAUAGCAGUACAUCGACCAUUGACCAUUGUAGCAGAUAUUCAUGGACAAUUUUAUGAUUUGUUAACAAUUUUGGCUGCAGGCGGAGAUCCAGCUAACACAAAAUAUCUGUUCUUAGGUGAUUACGUUGAUCGAGGACAGUUCGAAUGUGAAUGUAUUUUUCUGUUAUUUGCAUUAAAAAUUAAUUUUCCACAAAAUAUUAAUCUUUUAAGAGGUAAUCAUGAAACUCGUCAAAUGACAAAAGCAUUUCAAUUUAAAAUAGAAUGUAAAAAAAAAUAUUCCUCCGAUAUUUAUAACGCUUGCAUGGAUACAUUUGAUACGAUGCCUGUAUGUGCACUUGUUGAUAAGCGUUUUUUAUGUAUGCACGGUGGCAUUUCACCCGAUAUUCGAACACUAAAAGAUAUUGAACGCUUAAAUCGCUUUUCUGAAACACCAACUUCAGGUCCGUUGUGUGAUUUACUUUGGUGUGAUCCCGCGGAGGAUUUUGAUGAUGUUGAAAAACCAAAUCAACCCAAUUUUGCGCCAAAUAAUGUACGUGGUUGUGGUUACUUUUUCUCGUAUUAUGCGUGUCGUGAUUUUUUAUUAAAUAAUAAUUUAUUGGGAAUUAUUCGAGGACAUGAAGUACAAAAGAAUGGUGUUCGAUUUUUUCGUAAAUCAUCACGAACAAAUUUUCCCGUCUUAAUAUCCUUAUUCUCGGCGCCGAAUUACUGUGACACUUAUAAUAAUGUGGCUGCAAUUCUAAAAUUUGAUGAAAAUAAACAAAUGCAAGUUAUCCAUAUUGAGGCGCGACCACAUCCAUUUGUGUUACCCAAUUAUGAAAAUGCAUUUCAAUUUGGUGAAAGAUUUAUCUUGUAUUAUGUCACUCAACUAUUGUUAAAUAUUUUAAAUAUGUAUUCACCCGACGAAUUAGCUGAUGAAGAUGGACGAUUUGAUAAAACUGGUGAAGAAUUGUUAAAUAAAAAACGUCUUAUUCAAACAAUGGAACGUGCCUAUGCUGAUGUUAAAAAAACAAAUAAAAUUGCUUUGAAUUUACGAGGUUUAACACCAUCGUAUAAAGCCUAUAAAACAUUAUUGGAACGAGAUGAUGUUAAACAAUUGAUAGCUGAAGCGGAAAAAGGUCGAAUUAAAAAUUAUGAUCAAGCUAUUGAAUUAGAUCAAAUAUUUGAAAGAAGACCAGGAACAUAA